ACCUCGUUUCCCAGAAUGCCUCACUGCGUGCAGUCAGUGAUGUUUGUGCAGCCGUCGCUCCAACAAUGCAGCUUUUAAUGGAGCUGUGAGAUGGAAACGCAGCAGCACCGCCAGGCUGGCCGGGGACCGUAGCCGCUCAGAUUUAACACUGUCACACUUCUCACUAGCUCUCCGUCCGCUCGGGGGAGGAAUUAGCCUCCAUUUCCAGGACGCACUUUCUGCUGGAGGUUUCUAUUUUAAGAAGAUUAAAGAGAUUUAAAAAGAUCAACAUCCUUUGGGUUUUCUGAUGGGGGAUCAGAAAAUGAGCACAUCUGAGCCGUCACAUGAUCAUCAUGUACUCCUGGCUUCAUUUAUCAAGGGACUAUCCCUUUGCAUAUGCUGAACUGUUUGCUGGCAAACAUUCAGAGGAAUAGUUAAACCCCUCUCAACAGAAAAUGGCAUCAACUUUAGUGUGUAACAAUACAGAGUACAUUUUAGAGUACAGGUGAGGCUGAGCCACAGCCCACAUCGCCUACAGGACUCUGUGGAGGAACUCGGCAGCAGAUGACCUUUAGAGAAGAUUUAAUGGUUUAGUUUCUGUCCCACCACCUUGCUGACAAGGUCGACCAUGGCUGCUGCUCCUUAUAGAAACGGUUCCUUGGUGGGGCGAGGAAAGGACUGACCGGUAAACGAUGCAGCGUAACGGUGGCGGAGUGGGUGGCGGAGGCCAGACAUGGGUGCUGCGCCGGGUACGUCUCACAUGGCUCAGUUUCAUGCUCUUCUUCAUCUUGGUCUUCUUCCCGCUCAUCGCCCAUUACUACCUCACCACCAUUGAUGAAGCCGGCGGGCCCGACAAGCGCAUCUUUGGGCCCCGGCCUGGCGGAGAGCUGUGCGAAGCCAAACACGUGCAGGACCUGUGCCGCAUCCGUGAGUCUGUCAGCGAGGAGCUGCUGCAGCUGGAAGCCAAGAGGCAGGAACUCAACGGCGAGAUCGCCAGGCUCAACCUCCGCAUCGAGGCCUGCAAGCGCAGCAUCGACAGCGCCAAGCAGGAUCUGCUGCAGCUGAAAAACGUCAUCAGCCAGACCGAGCAUUCCUAUAAAGAACUGAUGGCCCAGAACCAGCCCAAGCUGUCUUUGCCUGUUCGACUGCUCCCAGACAAAGAGGACCCAGGACUACCUCCACCAAAGUCUCCUCGUUCCUGUCGUCUGCGGUCUUGCUUCGACUAUGCACGCUGUCCUCUUACAUCUGGGUUUCCUGUUUAUGUCUAUGACACAAGUUCUUAUGCUUGGGGGAAUAAUCUUGACCCACUGGUGAAGCAGGCUUUUGCGGCAUCCGUUAAAAGCAAUAUUUAUGUAACUGAUAACCCAAGUAUCGCCUGUUUAUAUUUAGUUCUGGUGGGAGAGAUACUAGAGUCCUCCCCUUUGCCGUCUCCUUCAGAAUUGGAGAAGCAGCUGAAAGCCCUUCCUUACUGGAGGUCUGAUGGACACAAUCAUGUUCUGGUGCAUUUCUCCAGAAAGUCCAUGACUCAGAACUUCUUGUACAACGUCAGCACAGGAAGGGCAGCGGUCGCCCAGUCCACCUUCCUGGAGCAGCAGUACCGUGAGGGAUUUGACCUAGUUGUGUCCCCGUUGGUCCAUGCGCUCUCAGAACCCAACUUUUUGGAGGUUCCGCCACAGGUUCCUGUAAAGAGGAAGUACCUUUUCACUUUCCAGGGUGAGAGGGUGGAGUCUCUAAGGAGCAGUCUCCAGGAGGCGCCCCCUCAAUCGUUUGAGGAGGAACUGCAGGGAGAUCCGCCCGCCGACUACGAUGAUCGGAUAAUUGGCACUUUAAAAGCAGUCCAGGACAGCCACCUGGAUCAGGUACUGGUGGAGUUCACAUGCAAGAACCCAAAGCCCAGUUUGCCGACAGAAUGGGCUCUUUGUGGGGAGAGGGAGGACAGGCUGGAGGUGCUCAAGGCUUCUACAUUCGCCCUGGUGAUCGCUCCAGGGGACGGACAGCUGGUUGCCUCAGCAGGCUGCGGCAUGAGGCUGUUUGAGGCCUUGGAGGUAGGGGCGAUUCCUGUUAUGUUAGGGGACCACUCUAGACUACCUUACCACCAAUUUAUCCGCUGGACUGAAGCCACCAUUAUAGUACCCAAGCCCCGUGUCACAGAGCUCCACUUCCUGCUGCGCAGCCUAUCUGACAACGACAUGCUCGCCAUGAGGCGGCAGGGUCGUUUUCUCUGGGAGACGUACUUCUCAACCUCUGAGAACGUUCUCAACACCAUCCUCGCAAGCAUACGAACCAGCAUCCAGGUUCCUGCCGCUCCAAUCAAGGACGAGCCCGCGCAUGAGAUUCCCCACAAAGCCGGGAAACUGGCGGGAACGGACGCCAACCUGGCCGACAACGGGGACUUGGAUCUGGGUCCCGUAGAGACAGAGCCUCCAUAUGCCUCUCCCUGCUUCCUCCGCAACUUCACAUACACGGCAGCAGACACGUACAGAUCAUGGAACAGGGCCCCGGGGCCCUUCCAUCUGUUUCCCCACACUCCUCUGGACCCGGUGUUGCCCUCGGAAGCCAAAUUCCUUGGCUCUGGAACCGGUUUCAGGCCCAUUGGUGGGGGCUCUGGGGGCUCCGGGAAGGAAUUUCAGGCUGCUCUGGGAGGAAAUGUCCCCCGAGAGCAGUUCACUGUGGUCAUGCUGACAUAUGAAAGGGAGGAAGUGCUGAUGAACUCUCUAGAGAGGCUAAAUGGGCUGCCGUACCUUAACAAGGUAGUGGUGGUGUGGAAUUCACCAAAGCCUCCUUCAGAUGACCUCCUCUGGCCAGACAUCGGUCUGCCUAUUGUGGUUGUCCGCACAGAAAAGAACAGCCUCAACAACCGGUUUCUACCCUGGGACGUCGUGGAAACCGAGGCCGUCCUCUCCAUCGAUGACGAUGCUCAUCUUCGGCACGACGAGAUCAUGUUUGGCUUCAGAGUGUGGCGUGAGGCCAGAGAUCGCAUUGUCGGUUUCCCAGGGAGGUAUCAUGCGUGGGACGUCAACCAUCAGUCCUGGCUCUACAACUCCAACUACUCUUGUGAGCUCUCCAUGGUCCUGACGGGAGCCGCUUUCUUCCAUAAGUACUACGCCUACCUGUACUCUUACGUGAUGCCCCAGGCCAUCAGGGACAUGGUGGACGAGUACAUAAACUGCGAGGACAUCGCCAUGAACUUUCUGGUGUCUCACAUAACCCGCAAACCACCGAUCAAGGUAACCUCGCGCUGGACGUUCCGCUGCCCCGGCUGUCCUCAGGCCCUUUCACACGACGACUCGCACUUCCACGAGCGCCACAAAUGCAUCAACUUCUUUGUCAAGGUGUACGGUUACAUGCCGCUGCUAUACACGCAGUUCAGAGUGGACUCUGUGCUGUUUAAGACUCGUUUGCCCCACGAUAAGACAAAGUGCUUCAAAUUCAUCUAGCCUGGGGGUCGAGCGUCUUCGCAGGCAGCCGGGGGGGGGUGGAGAUCGACGGACUGAAACAUCCACUGCAGGUAGUGAUGAAGACUGACGGCUGGACUGCAGGAUAAACAUGCAGGAGGAAGCUUUCGGGCUUGGAUUUUGUGGAGGUGGAUCGAACGUUUAACCUUAACCAGCUGGAAAUUCAGAGUGUAGGUUGAGAGAAACCACUGCCGAGAAAUGAAACCUUUUCAGCGGACGUCACUUCUUGUUUUGUUUUUUUUUACACGCCUUUUCAAUCCUGUUCAAUCAUUAACCACUAGUUACAGAAGAUAUUUGCACCUCUUACCUGCCUGCCAUGGAAAAGCAGGCAGACCUACAGUGUACAGAAACUCUUCACUCCUCAUGGUGGAGCUUCAGAAGUAACAGAUGGAAUUGUGGCUUCAGCUGAGAGCGAUUCAGUUGAAAACUGGUCUUCAAACUCAAGCACUGAUGGUCCUACAUAUUUUAUCGGACUCUUCUUUUUUUUUUUUUUUAAUAAUGUCGUUUAAAUGUGUAAAUUUAGGUCUAGUGGAAACUUUGAGACCUCCCUGCCUUUUGGGAAAUCAAAAUGACAAUGGCUCAGUCCAAUCAUGUCUUAGCAGCGUUGCGUCCUCCAGAGGGAAUUCACUUUAGCGGUCACCAUAAUGCCUCAACUGUGUCAAUAAAACCAACAAUCAUGCUGUCCAA